AUGACAUCCACUCAUACCCAGUUGACUUCUCAAGAUAAGGGGAAAAUACUGGCAUAUACUGAGACUUUAAAUGCCACCCAAAUUGCAAAAAAAAAAUGGAACGAGAUCCUACCACAAUACAUAGGAUGGCCACCGGCCCUUAAUAAUGAUGAAAAAGAUGCACUUGUAAAUGAAGUCACAAAAAUACGACGUGCACCAUUGCACGAAAUUAUCAAUAAAUUAGAUGAGCUCAAGACUGCUUUGAGUGAGGAGUGGUCAAAAUUUGAUGUAUCAAUUCUUAGGAGUGUUGUGAAGCAGCAUUGGAUGCAAAGGGAGGACCAACAAAGUAUUAAUUAA